AUGAAGGCAUUCCAUCCUGGGCGAAUUCAUUGGCGCCGGCUGCACCCCACACAUGGGUGGACUUUUCUGGUGAUGGGUGUGUACGUUCUCCUGUUUAACACCCCAGUAAGAGCAGCAGAAGGUCUCAAGCUUGUUGAGUGGUUGCUCAGAUCUGGGGCAAGUACCUCACAGAAGUGCUCAAAAGCUGCAACGGAGAUCUCGUUGAGUUAUACAUUAAAAGACAGCAAGAAAUCAUAUUUGAAGGCCAGCUGCGCUUCUUGCUCCGUUCUUGAUGUUGUCCGAGAAAGUUGUCAGCAGGUGCACAAAAAAGCUGAGUGGAAAGCUCAAGAGGACCAGCUGCGAAAGGUAUUGAUGGUUUUUGCAAAUGCCUCCAGCUCCCAAGCGUCCCCACGAGUGUCGAUUCACCCAGGUAUCAUGGACAUUUGGGAGAAAUUCUAUGCAGCCAAAGGAUCGCAUGACUUGACCUUUGAGACAGCCGAUGGGCCAGUGACAGCACAUGCUCAAGUGCUGAAAGAGGCAUCAACAGUUCUCAGUGCCAUGCUGCAAUCGUCAAUGAAGGAAGGCGGGUCACGACGCGUUGAAGUGAACGACACACCCGGCAGUGCUGUGUCGCUUUUCCUGGAGCUACUUGGUCUGGACACGAUCUUGUACACAUGCUCUUCACACUGCAAACCUGACUACAAGACAGCAUUGCAUGCCCUGGAUUUGGCUCAUCGAUGGCAAGUAGAAGUGGUGACCGCUCUCCUGGUUGAAGCGCUUCGAGAGAUGAUCACAGAUGAAAGCUUUGCAGAGAUUGCAGAGCACGCGGUCUUGAAGGCCUGGGACAGAUCAAGUGAUACAGUUUCACUUGUCCCACGGGUUCUUCGUGGGUUGCAAAAACACGAGUGGAGAAUUCUUGCACCGUUUGGAAGAUCAACGUCCUAA